AAGAAACAGCAAUAAAAAUCAUUAAGUGCUACGAAAUUGAAAGGGUUUGUAGUCCGCAUUUUGGAGGAAAAAAAUCUGUCACUAGUUCCAUAUACACCGGGUCAGUUAUGAAGUCCGGGAAUAUUUGUUAUUCUUGUUCUUUCAGAAGCGACUCCAUCGAUCCAUCAAUUGUGACGUCACGUGAAGAGUGCGGAAGUGACCAUGUUUGGGCGAGUCAAGAGAGACGCUCGAGCUUUAUGAGGAGCAGCAGGAGCGCAGUGAGGACAGGCUGAGCGCAACUACUCUUCCAAACAAGUCUCAUCCGAUCGGACCUCUCUCUCCGACAUGGACACGCUUGAGUGCAUCGUCUGCUUCGACCAGUACUCCCGCAAAGACCGGGUCCCGAGGAUGCUGCACUGCAACCACACCUUCUGCACCCCGUGUCUGCAGAGGCUGUCCAAGCUGGAGGGCCGGAUGUACACGGUCUCCUGCCCGCUGUGCCGCUGGAUCACCUGCACGCGAGCCAGCCUGACGCUGCCCGGGUCCCUGUGGAUCAACACGGAGAUCUGGGACCAGAUGGUGGCGGAGAAGAAAGAGGGGGACCACCUGAAGGACGGCGGAGACAAACUCUGCAAGCCCGCACUGUCCCAUUCUCAGCGCUCUGCUUUCACCUGCGCCUUCCUCAAGCUGUUCCCCUGUGUCUGGAUGGCCUCCUAGAAACUCUUCCUCACUUGACGAACAAACCCAUACCUCAGCUCUUCUGCCGGACAAACUGGAGCCAAACUUGUGAUUCAUAUUUUAAUUGAUAUGUAAAAUAUUUGUUUAGUGCCAUACUGUAAAAUCCAGACAGCUCGGAUACUUUUUACUUUUUGUGAGACGCCCGGUAGUGUGUCAACUGUCGAUUCCACAAUUCUUUUUUUAGAGAAAAAUGCUCAACUGUUAACUUUAAUUUUGAGCAAAAACUAUGAUUAAAAUAUUUGUACAUAAAUUACGAUAUAAUUUAAAUAAAAAGCAAUUGUUGAAUACAA